UGAUUACUGGAGAAAGCCAUGUAGAAGCCGUAGUUUGUGACUUGCAUACUUAACCCACUUCUCUGGGUUUGAUGUGGAUAGGGCAGCAUUCCUAAUGCCUGGGAAGGAGUCUCAUAAACGACAGCUGGUUCCUAGGGCCAAUGAUUACUUGGGAAAGGAGAGGGAGAAAGUUUUCAUAAUGUAGGUGGGGAAUGUGAACGUGCCCAUGUGUAUAUAAAGAGAUGGAGAGGCAGGUACAUGACCACUCUCUGUGGGUUUCUUGCUGAGAGAGCAUCUCCUAAGCAGGCUGUUGGCAUUGCACAUAACAGCCAUGAAGACAACAGGUUUCUUUGUGCUACUCGGCCUGUUUCUUUUCUUCUUCUUCUCUGAGAGCCGCCGUAUCUCCUGCUCACACUGGGCACCUUCCAGCCAGGCUGAGCCCCUUGCACUGGGACCUGCUCCUCCAGAUGUGGCCAGUGAAGACGGGGACCAGCUUGACUGCAAGGAGUUCAUGGACGACAACAUGUACUGCACAAGGGAGUCCAACCCGCACUGUGGCUCGAAUGGCAUGACAUACGGCAACAAAUGCGCCUUCUGCAAGGCUGUCAAGAGAAGUCAUGGAAGUAUUCGACUGGAGCAUCUUGGAAAAUGCUGAAUCCUCCUCACUGCUGAGUGCCGAAAGCUUCCCUUUUGCUUUCACUCCACCAUUACAGAUCCCUGCUCACAGCCAUGGUCUCCACAUGCCCCCUCCCCAGGAGCUGCUGCUGACGACAGUGUCUCCAAUUGGCUUGCCCAAUAAAGUGAACUCAGCAGAA